GCUGAGCCUCGCUGUGAUUGACGGCUCGACAACCUCCUCCUCUUGAUGACACCACCCUCCAAACAAAGUGCUGGACAACGCAGACGUCAGACCAGGAGAAAGUUUGCACCGCGGAACACUUGGUCACAUUUUUUGGGGCCUCGUCUUCUUCUUCUUCUUCUUCUACUUCUUCUUCUUCUUACCGGAGACUCGGUCGACAAGCAGCCGCCGUUGGGAUCGGAGCGAUGGCCGAGAAGCGGCGCUCGCCGUGCGCGCUCAGCGUCAAGGCGCACGCCUUCUCGGUGGAGGCGCUCAUCGGGGCGGAGAAGCGGCGCCGGACGGCCGGGGAAGGCGCGACGGCGCCCGCCAGCCCGGAGCCUCGCGAGGCGGAAUACGCCAGCGACGGAUCCCAGAGCGAGGACGCGCUCGUGGCAAGCCCGCAGCCCGCGACCCUUUGCGGGGACGCCAGCGAGCGGGACCCACGCGUGGACCUGCAGGGAUCCGACCUGUGGAAACGCUUCCACGAGAUCGGCACGGAGAUGAUCAUCACAAAGGCCGGAAGGCUGCGUUUGCUUUCCAGGCGCAUGUUCCCUGCCAUGCGCGUCAAAAUGUCCGGCUUGGACCCGCACCAGCAGUAUUACAUCGCGAUGGAUAUCGUCCCCGUGGACAACAAACGAUACAGAUUUCGCAUCGUCUCGUUCUCGCGUGCUCGAAGGUACGUGUACCACAGCUCCAAGUGGAUGGUGGCGGGCAACGCCGACUCGCCGGUGCCGCCCCGGGUCUACAUCCACCCGGACUCGCCCGCCUCCGGGGAGACGUGGAUGCGGCAGGUGGUCAGCUUCGACAAGCUCAAGCUCACCAACAACGAGCUGGACGACCAGGGACAUAUAAUCCUGCACUCCAUGCACAAGUACCAGCCGCGGGCACACGUGAUCCGCAAGGAGUGCGGUGAGGAGUUGUCCCCGGUGAAGGCCGUGCCCGCCGGGGAAGGCACGCGCACCUUCUCCUUCCCCGAGACCGUCUUCACCACCGUCACCGCGUACCAGAACCAGCAGAUAACCAGGCUGAAAAUCGACAGAAACCCUUUUGCCAAAGGCUUCAGAGACUCUGGAAGGAAUCGGAUGGGCCUGGAGGCCCUGGUGGAGUCGUACGCCUUCUGGCGGCCGUCCUUGCGGACGCUGACCUUCGAGGACAUCCCCGGUAUGGCCAAACACGGAAUCCCAGGAGCCCACGGAAGUGUCGCCGCAUCACCCCACUUGCUAUCGCCCUCGCCGUGCUCGUCGCCCUUCCAGGUGUGCCCCCUCAGCACAAGCGACUUCACCUGCAGCCGCCCGGCCCUCCCGCUCCACCGCUACGCCACGCCUACGGAAACCUUCCCGCCGCCCCGGGGCCCGCCGUCCUUCGAGGGCGACGCCUUCUGCGCCCUCCCGCUCCCCACGUCGCAACUAGGCUACCUAUCCGGCCCCGCCCCGCAGGGCUACGCCGGCCUCCGCCUUCACACGCCUCCCUAUGGCCUGUACGGCUACACUUUCCCGCCGUCGCCCCGCCUGGCCGCCAGCCCGGACAAAAUGAGCGCCGCCGCCGCCGCCGUCAACCAUCAGAGCUCCCUGAUGGGCUCGUCCCCUAGCGGGACGCUAACUGACAGCCUGGGCGUGCUCGGCGCCGGACAGCAGGGUUUUAUGUUCGACUCUCGGACUUUGGGGCUCGCGGGGAGUUCGCAAGUCGCCGCCCACCUGGGCUGAAAUUGGUCACCGAACAUUUGAGAAUGACACUCAGGAGUCAGGAACGCUUCAAACAUCGGAUGCAGCUACAGCGUGCCGACAAGGGUGAGCUGGAGCGUAUCACAGCUGACCUCUGGGCGAGAGACGGGGUCCACCCCGGACUGGUCGCCAGCGAGUCGCAGUCGAACGAAGCCAUCAUGUGACGAGAACAACAUCCAUCCAUUUUCUAUAGCGCUUUUCCUCAUUGAGGUGAGUUGGAGCCUUUCCAAACCGGCUUGCGGUUGAGAGGCGGAGUACACCCUGGACUGGUCGACAGCCAAUCGCAGUGCUAAUACAACAACUGGGGUGAAAACUGGGAGUUAUUAUGGAAGGAGAAGGCCCAGUGAAUUGAAGGGAGCACUUUGUCGUUGUUGGGAAGGAGAAGCUUAACUCUGGUUGCUUUUCAACGAACGAGAUACAGUAUUUUGCAUCAUAAUAAUAUAUAUUUACAAAAAAAGAAGUGACAAGCAUCCACUGAUCCAUCUUUCAGAUCAAAGUGCCCAAUUCCAAUUGAAUUCCCCAGCUCUCAUUUGAUUUGUAUUUACCUGUAAAUUUCAAGUGAAACAGAACAGUACCCCACGCGGCUGUCGACAGAUUGGCCAAACACAGCCACGCGCGCACGCAAGCGGUCACAAUACAUGAAAAACAUAAAUGUUACAUAGUGUUUAGUUGGCUUGAGCUGACACUUCCCCACCUUUGAUUUAAGUCAUGUCCUAUUUUUACAACAGUGUGAAGCAUUUAAAAAACACACACACACACACACACACACACACACACUGCAUCACUAAGAGAACUACAAAAACAAGGGCAGUAAGAGUUUUAUGAUUUAUUAUUAGUUUUUAAAAAAAAAAUUUUUUGGACCGGUCCAUUUUAUAACGGGGGACUGGACAUUGCUUACCAAAAGCAGCAGUGUUUCCUCUCACCGCAGUAGUUUGUGCUACGAAAAAACAAACAAAAACAAAAGUACACCCCCUCUAUUUGCCCAACCCCGAACAGAGAAAUUGACAUUCAUUAUAAUUUCCAUGAACCCCCCCCACACACCCCCACAAAAACCCUGAAUAAGUGGCUGAUCGGGUAAACAAACGUAAAUAAGUGGGGGAUCGGGAAAAGAAUCCCGCGAAUAAGCAGGGGUUUCCGUGAAUAAAGGGCGAUAGGUCCCCCAAAAAUCUGUGAAUGCCAAAUUGCUAAUAUGCGGGGGUCCACAGUAUAUGCAUCUAAUGUCGCACAUUUCGAACAUAUUUCAUAGUAUGUGCUUAUGUUGUAGUUUGGUGUUCAGGGUUUAUUUGCGUCGUUCGGGCAGACGCAGGUGUGUAUCUGUCACCCCUGACGUCAAGCUGGCAUUGACGGGCGACAAUGUCCCAGCUGUGCGUGUUAUGCUGCACACGCUUUGGCAGAUAUCCCCUACGUCUCGGAUUUUGAUCCACAUUUGGAACGCGCCCGAUUCCCAUCUGAGCAUAUCCGAUUCCAUGCGUUUACGCUGCCGCGACACAUACUGUGUCCCAACUGCGCCGCUGGUUUUUCCAUCGCUGUUCGGAGUAUUCUGACGACGUCGAGUUCGGAUUGACAAGCGAUUUGGAAUUAUGUCACUUGACGGGGGGACCCGUGGCACUUACGCACCUGCUCUCCAACCUUGAACUUUUUCUUUUCUUUUCUUUUUUGUCAAAGACUCUUCUUACACGCACGCUCUUGGCCCAAUCAUAAAAUGCGCACACACAAACAUUUAUUCAGCUUUUGUACGCAACUAAUUUAACUGACUGCACACGCAAUUGUUGACAGCGUCAUAGCACCUUUUGUUUCAUCUCAAAUCAAUUACACACAAGGUUCACCAUGUGCACAUUGACUUGUGGUCGGUCUUAAUGUGCGCUGAAGACACGAGCAGGUUCCCACCAGAAUCUAGUCAGUUUGAAAACAAAGAAAGUGUCAUCAGUAGAAAUACUUUAUGGAUUAUAAAUAAAGGAGGGCCGGCACUGUGGACGACUCGUUAGCACAUCUGCCUCACGGUUCUGGGGACCGGGGUUCAAAUCCCGGCCCCGCCUGUGUGGCUUUUGCAUGUUCUCCCCAUGCCUGCGUGGGUUUUCUCCGGCCACUCCGGUUUCCUCCCACAUCCCAAAAAACAUGCGUGGUAGGUUGAUUGACGAGUCUAAAUUGCCCGUAGGUGUGAAUGUGAGUGCGAAUGGUUGUUUGUUUCUAUGUGCCCUGCGAUUGGCUGGCGACCGGUUCAGGGUGUACCCCGCCUCUCGCCCGAAGAUAGCCGGGAUAGGCUCCAGCACACCCGCGACCCUGGUGAGGAUAAGCGGUAGGGUAAAUGGAUGGAAAUAAAGGAGUUCCUCGGUUUACGACUGUACUAACCUCAGUUACCGCCCUACUUACCAUUUUCCAUCCGUAAUAUAUUUAUAGCCUAUUUAAUUGUGUUUCAAUCAAAUAUUUACUGUGCGGAUGACUUUUACUACUGCAUUGGCAUAGGUUAGUAAUAGAACAUGGGAGGGAUUCUCAAAGUGUAGUACGAGUACAACUAAUGGUACGUGGCCUCCCUCUAGUGGUACACGAAAGAAUCACUCAAAUACAAAUAAAUGAAGCUUGACUGAGUGAAGGAAGCUUGUAGCAACGGAUACAGCCAGUUUAAACCUUUUCUUUUUAAAUCCACUACAUCAAGUACAGUACAUUUUUUUUUUAAGUACAGUUCUGUUGUAUUGAAUUUUUAAGUACAGUACAUUUGCAUUUAAUCUUGUCGAACUGUUUGUUUUUAAACAUUUAUGCAAGUACAAUUUUUAUUGAACUUAUGUCAUGUGCAAUACAUUUAAAUGGAAUCAGUAUUACAGUACUUUUUUUUUCCUUUUCCUAUAUUUAAGCGCAAUGUUAAUGUCCAAACUGUGCAUAAUGUUAUAGUGGCUUACAAUGAUAAAUACACUUUUUAGGAAUAAAACCUCUAUCAUUUUUUGAUGAA